AUUUUGUUACGGCUUUUCUUUGUGGGCUAUCAUUUUGGUUACUUAUCUAGCUAUCGACUCCCGGCCAACUUGUUUGGGGGUUUUUCCUUUAUUUCUUCACACAGAGAUUUUUUUCUUUCUUUUUGGUGAAUGAAAGCGAGGCCCUGAGGAGCUUUUUCCUAUUUUAAUUCUUUUCAACAUAUUAACUACUCUAUUCCCGGCAUAUCGCCUUCUCGCUGGAACGAUUUUAGUUUUCUAAUUGUGCCCUUGACCCGGUGUCUCGAGGUCUACGCCUUCUUACCCGACUUUGUGUUAUUGAUGUCUUUGAAUUAUAUACACUCCAGCCUGGAUUGCUGUUCGAGCUUUUCCACAAAAUGAAGCGGCCAGCGAAGUUAAGAGAAUUACGCCUGUCUCCCCAUUCGGUACCGUCACAGUCAAGUUCGGUUCUUUCCCGUGUGCCUUUGCUUCAUGGCAGUGGUGAUGGAAAUGGAGCGAGGUUGCAGCAUUGGACCGGGGGAGAUCAGGUCCCAGGGCUACUUAUUCCUCUAGCCUUUCUUUCUUCCCUACGUGCAAACCUUCAGAUCUGUGCCGCCGACCAAGAAGAUAUUUACAGUCCGUCCACUCCUAUAUCAAUUUUGAACACACCCAAAACACUCAACCCGUCUUCACGUUUCUCUCGACAUCCACUUUCAACGGAGCUUUCCUCCGAUGACGCAACUAUCCACAUAUCAUCAGACCCGGCGUGCUUAGAUGAGAAAACAAGCUAUGCUUCCGAGAUAGAUCCUCUACUUGCGGAUCUUCCCAUACAAAUAUCGCAGGCGACCACAGAAGAAGAUACUGCUGCAGCCCUCGAGCUGAUUGCAGAAAGCAUCUCCCAACAACGUCAAAUGGCGGCAAAGGCCAUUAUCUUCCACCCACUGAUCUUAGCAGUUUCGAUUCUUUUCUUCCUAACUAGUGUGAAAUUACUAUAUACCGGAUCGCUGAGCGAUGUGAUACUUAUGAUGAGUACAUGGGUCGGCUAUAGUGUCAUGCUCCUGCUCAUAAUCAAAUCCAUGCUACGGGGAUAUUCAGAUGUGAUUGAAAGAGUUGGAAGUUGGCCAUGGCUGUCGGGGAACUCGAUAACCGGUGCCUCGCACAAACGAGAUGAGAUCCUGGUGGCCAAGGAAAACGGCGAAGUGGUCGGGGUACUUGUCCUGAGAAUCGCAAAGGCGAUGACUUCUCCCGACAUGCUGGGCGUUCGACCAAGGUCAUCAAGGCGGAAAAGCUCCGCGAGGUGGACGGGUAUUAUUCGCGCGUGGACGGUUAAGAGGACGUAUCGCUUUCGAGGUAUUGGGACACGCCUUUUAACGGAUGUUGUGGCUAACUGUCGACUACGAACAUUGGACGGGCCGAUUUUCGCUGAUGAUCAUGCAAAUUCGGUAAAGCCACUACCUAUGAUGUUUAAUACUGUGUUUGAGAAGCAGGAGAAGUGGGCUCGGGCGUUUUUGGAGCAGAUUAUAUUGGCCAAGAGAAGUCGUUGAGCUUACGGAAUACACGAUGGAGACAUUUUUAACGCUCCUGGUUAUUAUCCCUUCGCGCA